AUGACUGCACUUGAAGCUAACAAGGAAUCUGAUUCCAGUAGUCCUGCUUCUGUUGCAAGUCUAAAUAAAAAUGCAACUACUGCCACUGAACAAAAUACUACUACGCCUACUAAUAGUCCCAAUAAGAGGUCCAAGAGGUCCAAGACGUUCACAGGUUGCUUCACGUGUAGAUCCAGAAAGAUACGAUGCGACUUGCUGAAGCCAUUUUGUAACAAGUGUACAAAGUCUGGUCUCAUUUGUUCUGGAUACGAUAUCAAGUUGCGGUGGUCUUUACCUUUACAGUUCAAUUCUAAGAAUGGAAAUGCCAUUUCGACCCUGGUACUGUUCAAAAGUCUGGAAACCGAGGAAAAAGAAGAGAAUCCAGAAUUCUUUCAAAGACGAAAAGUUGGAUUUGUAGUAUGGGACGGUAAGAAGAAUUGUAGAUUAUACGAGACAUAUGAUGAAAUGGACAAGGAUUUGGGUAUAUUGCACAACUCAGGAAACGAUAAACAGGUCAAUGAACAAGGUCGAACAAAAUUACUUGGACCUUUUGGUGUAUUUUUAGGUUCUAUUCUGUCAGAAUCCGGCGAUGGAGACCGAAACCCAAAGAGAAUGAAACCAAAUCACUCUGCCAUCAUAGAGCCAACCCAUAAGAGUUUACAGAAUUCAUAUGUGUCUACUCCUAACUUAUCAGAUACUAAUCCAGAUCUCGGUCCAAAUGAGCAUUUAUGGUUGUCCAAUGAAUUGAGAGACGAUGCGUUCAUCACUGCUGCAGCCUUGAAUGGGGACACACAGUUCUUAGAUUUCAUAAAUAUCAACGAUAACAGUGUUCUUGCACCAAAUUCAAGUAGUCUGAAUUUCAGCAAUCACAAUAACGCUAACACUUCUUCUGCAAACUACGCUUUCAAUGCCAACCAGAACGAACUUUUGAAUUUGGUGUUCCACAGAAACCACAGCAACGUAGCAGGCAAUAUCCAGAACAAUCAGCAGACGAAUGCUACACCAAACGAAAGUACAGGUAUACCUAUGCAAAACAUACUUAAUGGAGGUGAUUCUUCAUUAGCGAUAAAUCCAACAAAUCAAAAAUUGCAUUAUUCCAACUAUAAUAACGACUAUAAUAACAAUCCGUACCUGUUAAACGAGAACUUAGAGAUUCAUUUGCAUGCUUCGAAAACUUCAAACAACGAAGAAGAAUCCACAGAUAUUGUUGAUGGAGACCAUUCCAAUAGCGUACAAAUGCCAACUUCUAUUAUGUCUAUAGUUCAGAGCCCGUUGGAACCAAAACUUGGAUUUGACCUCUCUAUUCCUAACCUUCCUGCUACUAUACCGCGAGUAGGAAUGCCUACAACUUCUUUGCAAGUACAGCCGUUGACUCGUUACUUGCUUAACUACUAUAUAACACAGGUGGCUGAUUUAAUGACAGUUAUUCCAUUGACGGAAAAUCCCUGGAAAACUAUCUACUUUCCUAGAGCACUUAUGGCUAUUGGAGAGCUUCUGGCCCUUGGUCAAACUUCAACAGCUAAAAAUGCAUUGUUGAAUGCUUUACUUGCGGUUUCUGCCUUCAACUUGCAAUCCAAGUUUAAGAAGCAUUCAGAUCCCAUGAUCUACUACUUGAAUCUUGGUAUUAGAUUGAGAAACCAGGCUAGUUUAUUCAUUAAGCAGUUGCUAAGCUCCAAGUCCUUCUCGAAUGAAAAGUACAAGGAUGUUCUUUGUGCUGUUAUGACAAUGAUUAGUGUGGAUUUGGUAUGGGGAACAAUGCAGGAUACCAGUUUCUACAUCAAUUGGUGUGGAAAAGUCAUAGCAGCAAAGAUGGUCAACAAGAAGAAGUUGUCUUCCAAGGCUAGAAUCUUACACAGAAUUUUUCUGUCCUUGAAAUUGAUUCAAGACUCUACUUGCUUAAAUCUUGAAAGCAUCAAGGAAGACUUUGUGGCAUUCAAUGAGAUAGGAUAUGAUGUCAAUGGUGACAAAUUUGGCAACCAGGACUCGGCUCCACCAGCUACUAGUACGAGGAAGGGAAGAAUAGAUUACAUUGUUAACAGUACAAUUAGCUCACCGAAGAACCCUACUAAAAACACGUCGCCAUCUUUUGUAAACAAGAAAUUGAUCAACACGAAAAAGACAGACGAGCAUUUUGCUACUGAUGCUCUUUACGGACUUCCCAAUUCACUCAUCUUACUUUUCAGUGAGACGGUGCAAUUGUUGCGAAGUAAAAUUUACCACAGCGAAGUCUACAAUACGUUACCGAAAGAUUUCAAGGAAAAAGCCGAGAAUCUUAACCAGCAGUUGAUCAACUGGAAAUUAGACUGGCAAUUGUACGAAAACCAGAACGACGAGACACAGCCUCAGACAGAAGUAGAAAUAGAUGAAGACAUCAGUGUCGUGGAUGCUCAGUCGCAAGAUGAUGCCAAAAAGAAGUUCUUCUCGCCUAUGCACGAAGCAACCUACCACCAUAUCCUCUCGUUCUACCACGCCCUCAUGAUUUACUUUAAUCGCCUAAUCAUGGAAGUUCCGCCCACCAAGCUACAGACCAAAGUCGCUAAAACCCUUAGCCAUCUCAAUGCCAUCCAGAAAUUGAUAUCUAAAGGGGAGGCAGCGAUCAUUCCACUUUUCUGGCAAGGGUUCAUAGCAGGGUGUGAAGCUGUAUCUAUGCAUCUACAGAUGGGGUUCAAGAAGUGGGGUGCAGAUAUCGCCCAGUACUUAGGGUCCUACUGGGGUGCACGUCAGAUCAUGUUAGAGGUCUGGCGUAGAAAGAGAAUGUUCGAGGCCCGCGAUGACUGGGUCAGUGUGAUUCAAGACUGGGAGAUGAACCUCAUGUUGAACUGA